AUUUAUUUAAAUAUAUAAUGGGUAAGAAGGCUGCUCCUAAGUAAUAAGUGAGUAAAAAACCUACAGUAAGAAGAACAAGAACAAUUUAGGCUUUAAUAUAAGAUAAUGAAAAUAUUGUACACGAAAAAUUGGGUUAGACUAGAAGUAAAAGCAAUGGUAAAUAUCUUCUUUAUAGGUUAGGUGUAUAGUAAAAGAAAAUAACUAAAUAGACCUAAUAAGCAAAUUAAAAGAAAGUAGUAAAUGAAAAAGAAAAGAGUGCGCCUAAAAAGAAUUCAAAUUAAAAAGAAGAAAAAUAACCUAUUAAAGAAGAUACAAAAUAAAAAAAAUAAGCUGAGGUUCAAGAUAUUAAAAAAAAUACAGAAACAAAGUAGAAGGUGAAACCUGUACAAAAAAAAGUAAUAAGUAAAAAAAAAAGUACCCCAAAAAAAAGCCCUGUAAAAAAAAGUACACCCAAAAAAACUCCAGUUAAAGUGAGUGCAGUAAAAGAAGAUAAAAAAACAAUAGUAAGUGAAAAGAAAAAUGAAAAGGAAGGAAGUAAAAGUGAAAAAAAGGUAGAAGAAAAAUCUGAAAAGAAAAAUAAUGAAAAAAGUGAAAAGAAAGUUACAGAUAAAUCUGAGAAAAAAGAAGUUGAAAAAUCAGAUAUGAAAGUGAAUGAUAAAAGUGAGAAAAAGCCUGUUGAAAAAUCUGAGAAAAAAAGUGAGAAGAAAGGAAAGAGUGGAAAAAAAGAAUAAGAAUAAUAAGAGUAAAAAUAAACAGAAUCGGCAAAAUUACCAAGAAGAACUGAAAGUAAAGCUGCAGCUGGAAUUGUUGAUGUAGUAUUUUGUGUCGAUACUACCUCUUCAAUGUCAAUGUAUUUAAAUUAAACCAAAGUAAAUCUUAUUUAUAUAAUAUAGAAUACUGUUAAGGAAAUUAUAAAAAAUAUUAAAAAUAAAGCUUAAAAUGAAGACAUUAGUGUUAAAUUUGGAUUUGUUUGUUAUAGAGAUCAUCCUCCUUAAGAUACUUCUUAUGUAACCAAGAUUUAAGAUUUAUGUGGAGAAGAAGAAAUAAUUAAAUUUAUUGAUCAAUAAGAUGCUUAAGGUGGAGGAGAUACACCAGAGGCUGUGUUGGAUGGAUUAUAUGAUGCAGCAAAAAAGAUUGAAUGGAGAGAUGCUAGUCAUACACCUUCUUUAAGAUAUAUCUUUCAUGUAGCUGAUGCUCCUCCUCAUGGAAAAGAAUUUACUGAUUAACAUUCACAAUGGCCAAAUGGAGUUCCGUAUCUUUUAUUAUGUAUUCUAGAUCUGGAGUAACUCUUGAUAAAGUUACUCAUGUUAUCAAUAUCAGAGAAAUCCAUUAUAGAUUGAUUAAUGUCAAUAAAUCUAAUCUAUUAGAAAAUAUGAAAAAGUUAUUUAAGGAGAAGUUUACUAAUUAUGAAGAAGCCGAAUUGGCCAAUGCUAAAGAUAUGGAUUUUAGAGUUAGCGAUAUGAUUAUUAGAGAAUUGUUACCAGAUGUUGAUUAUAAUGAUUGA